AUGUGUUUCCGGCCGGAGCGCGUGGAGCCGAACUGGUCGUAUGUGGGUGCCGGCCAGGGCGGCUAUGAGAAGGUGGAGACGUACAACUACGUGGGCGAGGGCGCUGGAUCCUACGACCAGGACCUCUGCAGCCCCCACGUCUUCUACGGGUGGCGGCUGAGGAGCUGUUGCUUCUGUCUGCUGUGCAGCUGCGGGGUGUUCGUGCUCUGGUGGGCCCUCGGCCUCUUCGACCACCGCUGGCGCGACCUGGCCCACUGGCACCUGCUGCUGCCCGGCGCGCUGCCCGGGAGCAAUACGUCUUCCAGAACCGAGGGCCUUGGCGCAGGCCAGGAUGUCCUUGGGAGCGGCACCUUUCCUGGAAACUUCACGCCAGGCCAUCUUGGGAUUGCAGGAGCGCCAGGCGCAGCGAGGAACAGCAGCACUGAGUGCUCCGCCGUUGGGGAGAACUGCACCAGCACCAAGUGCUGCAAGGAUUAA